AUGGGAAAGAGAAAGUCGUCGGCGAAACCCGUGAAGAAGGUCAAGCAAACGUUGGACACGACAUUCAACUGUUUGUUUUGCAACCAUGAAAAGUCCAUCAUUUGCACUUUAGACAAGAAGAACUCAUUGGGUCUUUUACACUGCAAGAUUUGUGGUCAGUCGUUCCAAACCGCCAUCAACUCGUUGAGUCAGCCGGUCGACAUAUAUUCCGACUGGAUCGACGCGUGCGAGGACUUGGAAGAAGAAGAGGGCGAUUCUGGCGUAGUAGAUGGUGGAGAAGAGGAUCAUGGGAAGGAAGAAUACAGUGAUGAUGAUUAUGAUUAA